UCGAGAUAGAAACCCCAAGCGCCCCAAGUAGAGCUCAGCAAACCGUGCCCCACCAGUCCAAGUCAGAAUCCUUCAAUCCGAAUACCACAUCAAUCCCUUCCGUUGGGGGAAACACUUUCGGUUACCGUUUCGAUCGUUCGACUCAAAAUCAGGCCCCAAAAAAUAAAAGCUGAAUCAGAAACAGAAUCAGAAUCAGAAUCCACCAUCCACUAUAGCUAUAACUAAACGAGCCCAAGUCCGUAAACAAAAUCCGAGAGUAGACGAGAGUCGCCAUGUCGCUGGGAUUGAAGAGGUCCUUGUUGUGGGUCGUUGCCCCCUGGCGUGUCUGUGUCCCGGCCGCAUCCUGGCAUCCGCUCCAUCUUCAGCAGUGUCGCCACGCCGCAAAGUCCAGCUACGACAAGACGGUCUGCAAUCUGAAAGUGAACAAGGACACCAAGGUCAUGGUCCAGGGCUUCACCGGCAAACAGGCCACAUUCCACUCCAAGGAGUCGAUCAAGUAUGGCACCAAGAUCGUCGGCGGCGUCUCACCAAACAAGGGCGGCACCCAGCACCUGGACAAGCCGGUCUUCAAGGACGUGGCGGAGGCCGUUAAGGAACUGAAACCGGAUGCCACCGUCAUCUUCAUACCGCCACCGUCGGCCGCCGAGGGUAUUUGUGCGGCGAUCGAGAAUGAGAUUGGACUCAUUGUGGCCAUUACGGAGGGCAUACCCCAGGUGGACAUGGUCCGGAUCAUGCAGAUGCUGCGCUGCCAGGAGAAGUCUCGCCUUUUGGGGCCCAACUGUCCGGGUCUGAUAUCGCCGGAUCAGUGCAAGAUCGGCAUCAUGCCCGGCCACAUCCAUAAGCGUGGCUGUGUGGGAAUUGUCUCCCGAUCCGGAACACUCACCUACGAGGCCGUCCAUCAGACCACCGGGGUGGGUCUCGGCCAGGCACUGUGCAUCGGAUGUGGCGGUGAUCCCUUCAACGGGACCAGCUUCAUCGACGCCCUGCGCAUCUUCCUGCCGGACAAGGAGGUCAAGGGCAUCAUUCUGAUCGGUGAGAUUGGCGGCACCGCCGAGGAGGAGGCCGCCGACUAUCUGAUGGCCAAUAAUACGGGCUGUGAGGCUAAGCCCGUGGUGGCAUUCAUAGCCGGACAGACGGCGCCACCUGGUCGCCGGAUGGGACAUGCCGGUGCCAUCAUAUCGGGGGGCAAGGGGGCGGCCAGUGACAAGGUCAAGGCGCUGGAGAAGGCCGGCGUCAAGGUGGCCACCAAUCCGUGCCACAUGGGCAUCACACUCUACAACGAGAUGGUGCGCCUCAAACUGGUCCCCAAACUGGAGAAAAAGGACAAAAAGGACAAGAAAUAGGACGAAUCGUCCUAGGAAUGUUGCCAAUUGGAGAGGUGGGGAGGUGUUGCCAAAUGGAGGGAAUGGAGUUGAACCAAAAGUUUUGAGACACGAAUACUAUAAUGUUCUAAACCGUAUUGAUGAUCCAUUAAAAUGAUUGAAAGUAACUGA